AUGUCCUGUCCCGAUGGCUUCCAGCUGGAGAUCCGCGCAGAAGGGGACGUUUGCAGGGGUGAGCAGGAAGACGGCAUGGGGGCGGGUUGGACUUGCCCACGAGGAUGUGUACAAACAGGAGCUCCGCCGUUCUGCCAGGCCCUCGGCGUCAGAGGACACUGCCUCGACUCACCAUGCCGGGUUCAGGAUGUUGUGAGUUGCCUGGAUCGCUACGCAAGGUAUGAGCCACUAGACUUGCCGGGAGAAGGACGAACGCAGGAGGCCAAUGUGCGUGCUUGCCAGCAGCGAUGUGCUAGUGUGGCCGCCUGCUCACACUUCUCUUUCUUUCGGGAUGGAGGUUGCCACCUCCAGGACUCGUCUGCAGGCCUUGUCCCAGACGAAGAUGCUUUCUGCGGCCCCCCAAGCUGUGCUUCAAGCAGCGCUUCAGAACCCGUGCCAGAGGUCACGUGGCUGAUCGACAGGAGCUCCCUGCCGUUGCAGGUUCGUGGCUCCCACCUGCUUUCGGUCGAUGGACGGCGCCAAGUCCUCGCGUGUGUAAAUUGGUACGGAGCUCACAUGGAGAUGCUGGUGAACAAUGGGCUCAAUGUGAGAUCGCUCGCAGAGGUUGCCAAUCAUAUCGUGGAGUUGAAGUUCAACUGCGUUCGCUUGCCCUACAGCCUGGACUCGCUGAAUCUCAGUGCCGCCUCAAUUCCACAUCCUGCAUCCCAACUGUGCCACAAUCCAGAGCUCCAGGCGUCGACGCCGCUGGAAAUUUUCGACUCAACGGUGCAAGCACUAACAGAUGCGGGCUUGCUGGUAGUGCUGAACAAUCACGUGUCAAAGCGUGGUUGGUGCUGCGACGCGUCUGAUGGCGAGGGACUUUGGUACACCGAUGAUUUUCCAGAAUCCGUUUGGUUAGACCACCUGAGCUUCCUGGCAGCUCGUUACCGCGACAAUGCCAGAGUCGUUGGUUUCGAUAUUCGGAACGAGAUACGAUCUACGGAGUUUGAAACUCCAACAUGGGGUGGUGGCAGCACAAAUUGGGCAGAGGCAGCUUCCAAAGGGAGCAGGCGAGUCCUGGACGCGAAUCCAGACAUGCUACUUUUCAUUUCGGGCUUGGAGUACAGUAUGUUCCUUUGCGACGUUCCGCAGCGUCCUCUUCAUAUGGAGCCAGGACUGGAGGGCCACAUCAUCUACACCACUCAUGAGUACGACUGGUACAAGAAUUCGAUCCAGACCUUGUACGAGAGUGGAGAGAUCCUUUGUGGCUUCUUCGCGACUUACGGUGCUUUGCUGUUGGUUGUCUCUCUGGCUACGGUUUUGUUCUCAGCGGCUUGCGAGGUGGCCAUCGUGCCGCGCAGACGCCUGUGCUGCUGGCCGAAACUGCGUGGCCUCUACUUCGAGGUCGCUUCGGCCAUGCUCUUCGUGGCUGCUUUCCUCGUCAGCCUGCUGCUGCUGGCCCGGGCGGUCAUGGACCCCUGCCAGUCUGGUGAACUUCAUGUGGUUUCCUUCCCGACGUUGGUCAUCCUGCCACUCUGGCUGCUGGGGCUCCUGUUCUCCGGACGCCUAUCAUGCUUGCUCCUUCGGACAUUCAGGCCGGUCUCCGCAAUAGCGAUGGACGAGGAGAAACCGAGCCCCGUGUCUCCGGACCGCGUUGGUGGCAUGGACGUUGGCAUUGAGAUGUCCGAACUGAACCUGAACCGUGCGGAAGGCGCCACGCCUCAAAACCCGAACAUCAUGACCGAUCAAGGCAAGGAGCACCUCCAGUAUGCGCUUAAUCACAAGCGAGCCAGCGUGAUCGUUCUGGCAAUGCUUUUCCUAAUCUGUGCCAAUGCGGCCGCGCUGCUAUUCCUACAAUCCUACGAGGCAUGGCAACAGUCCAUUGAUGAUCGUUGGGGUUUCCUUCUACAGCCCGAGCCAAAUGCAGAAGGCGCUGCUGUUGCAGCGGUAUGGCUUGGAGAGUUUGGGACGGCUACGGAUACCACGUGGUGGAGCAAUAUGCUGCGCUACCUCGCCUCGCGUCCCGUGGUCGGCUGGGCCUACUGGCCGCUGAACGGUGAGAAGCGGCCUGGAGAGAUCGAAACGUACGGUAUUCUGCAUGAUGACAUGCGUACAAUCAGGCAUCCUUGGAAGCUUGCGGAUUUGCAGGACUUGCUGUCGAAACGUCUCAACCCUGUCUGA